AUGUCUGGAGAAAUUCCACUUACAGAAUACCUCUUCAGGAGGCUUCACUCCACCGGCCUACGCGCUGUCCAUGGCGUUCCUGGCGACUACAACCUCACACUCCUCGACCAUGUCAUCCCAUCCGGACUAGAGUGGGUAGGAAACUGCAAUGAGCUAAAUGCAGCCUACGCGGCCGAUGGAUACGCCCGUAUCAAAGGCAUCGGCGCAAUCGUCACAACUUUCGGCGUGGGUGAAUUAUCCGCAAUAAACGCUAUUGCCGGCUCAUACGCGGAAAUGGCACCCGUUGUACACAUCGUCGGUACGCCGAUUCGUGCUUUGCAGGAAAAGGGCGUGAAACUUCAUCAUACGUUUUGUUCCGGGUCUAAGCGUGACUAUGAACUUUUUGCUGAGAUGUAUGCCAAGGUAACUGUUGCGCAGGCUGACCUUGUUGAUAUUGAGCAUGCGCCGGGUCAAAUUGAUCGGGUUAUUCGGGAGUGUAUCCUGCAGUCAAGACCUGUUUAUAUCCAACUUCCGAUGGACUUGGUGGAUGCGAAGGUUCCAGUGUCUUUACUGGAGCAUGAGUUGGAUCUGAAGCCUGCGGUGAAUGAUGUCGCGCUGCAAUCGGGUGUUUGUGAUAUCCUUGUUCGUCGGAUCAUGGGUGCAAAGCAGCCCUUGAUUCUGGUUGAUGGUGGUACCUCGCGGUAUGGACUCUCGAAAUUGACCGAGGCUUUGGUCAGGGUGACCAACUUCCCAACUACUACGACUCCAUUUGGGAAGGGCAUUCUGGAUGAGACCCUGCCCAAUUUCCAUGGAAUUUAUGCAACAGUCGGCGAUCACGACUAUGCUUCCUAUGUCAAUAGCUGCGAUCUGAUUAUCAACAUCGGACCUGUUCACAGCAACGUGAAUACCUACUACUUCACCACCGUCCCCGAUAAGACGGUAACAAUCACCAUUGAGCGGGAUUCAAUCCAAGUCGGAGAGCGCAUUUGGAAGAUCUCACCAGCAUCCGUCCUUGACCAGGUCAUCUCGACAUUAAAGAAGGAAGGAGUCCCCAAGAUGGAUUUUUACCCUACUCUACCAAAUAUGCAGCAGACACUCGCAACCCUGCCUGGCAACAACUCACCCAGCGAUAAAUUCGCGCAGACCAAUUUCUGGCGUCGCAUGUCGAGCUUUUUGCGAUCGGGCGAUAUCAUCCUGACAGAGACCGGCACGCCAAGCAUGGGUGGGCGUGAUUUCAUUCUCCCUCAGAAUACAACAAUCAUCAAUUCCGCGGUAUGGUUAUCUAUUGGAUUUAUGUUACCAGCUACACAAGGAGCUGCCUUAGCGCAGCGUCACCUCACUGCCUCCGAUUCACAACAUCCAGCUGCACAGGGCCGAACGAUACUUUUCCAAGGAGAUGGGAGUUUCCAAAUGACCGCUCAAGAAUUGAGUACUAUUAUUCGCAACCGGCUCGAUGUCAUUAUUUUCCUGAUUAAUAAUAACGGAUACACCAUCGAACGACUUAUUCACGGGCCGGAGGAACACUAUAAUGAUGUUGCUUCGUGGAGAUAUCUUGAAGCUCCUUCGUUCUUUGGGGCUGAGGCUACCUCGACUUCUUAUCCGAUUUUUAAGGCGAAGGUUAGCACUUGGGGAGAGCUUGAUCGGAUUAUGGACGAUCGUGACUUUCAUUCUGGGAAGGGCUUGAGAAUGGUGGAGGUUAUGAUGGAUGCGCAGGAUUGUAAUGAUACGUUGAGGUUGUUGUUGGACAUUUAUAAGACUAAGUAA